AUGUGCAGAUACAAUCUGCAUGCUACCUUUCGCUGGGCUGUUAGUGGAACACCAUUCCAGAAUCGUGUAGGGGAUUUGUAUGCCCUGGUCAGGUUCCUAAAACUUGACCCUUUCUCGCAUUACUUCUGUUCUCAAUGCGAUUGCAAGGCUCUGAACUUUGGUCCGUUCGACGCUCGAACACGCUGUAUAAGAUGCCAUCACUCACGACGGAGUCAUUGGUCGUACUUCAGGAGGUACAUUACUAGGCCUAUCACGAUGAAUGCCAGCUCUGCGGAAGGUCGCCAGAGUCUCCAGUUGCUGCGUAAAAUCUUCGGGAACAUUUUACUACGUCGAACUAAGGCCGAGCGUGAGCAGGAUGUCCACUUGCCCCCGCUCGUUAUGGAAACUCGCUACGUCCGGCUUGAGCCAUCGGAGCAGGCGUUCUAUGAUCGCCUUGCUCAAGAGUAUCAGGAUAAAGUGGAGCAGCUAGCUGAGGAGGGAAUGCUCGAGGCGAAAGUCUCGGAGCUACUGGUUCUUCUAAUGAGGCUCAGACAAGCUUGCAACAGUGGACUGCUUAUAAAGUACAGUGAGAACAAGCAGGGCCAUCGAGAGUGUGAGUUACUCCGUGGAAUUGAUAGCCGCUGA